AUGGCAAAAAGCCUAAAGGUGCCGCACAAGAACGAAAGCAAUGGGACUUUUGCUGCUUUCAAAUAUCACAAGGCUGUUUGGGAGGGGGCUGACGAACUUUAUGAUCAAGUUGGAGCGCAAACCCUAAUUGACUGCACGAAUGCAUGCUGGGAAGAACGUCACAGUACGAGUACUGGCAAAGUCUGUAUGGCAGUACAUUUCAGUGAGGCGAACAAAAACUGUGCGAUGUACGAACGACCGUUUGAAAAUGUUGUGAGACACGACUCGAGCGAAAAGAUCAACGAAGUUGUUAUCAUUAACAAAUGGUGUUCAGAGGUUAGCUACAUGGGUAUGUGCUGUGAGAUCGGCUAUGACAAGCCCGAGUUCAAGUCGUCUACAAUCGUCCCGUAACCGAUGCUUGGAACGAGCGUCUGUGGUGGCUACAUAACGAUCUGCAUAGGCGUUGAGCAUCUGCCAAUCUUCCAGCAGAUCAGUCUAGUCAGCUAGUCAAGCGCGUUUGGUAGCUACUCGUGUUCUUGUAGUAUGUCAUCCGGUGUCAUCUGAGUAUUGAAUCGGCUCGACAAGCGAGACGUUUCAUUCUAGCGCAAACGUACUGUGUAGAUGUAUCCUAUUCCAGAUAUGAUCGAUCAAUCUGAUUUCGCUG